AGCUCAUUGAUUUAGGUUAGGUAGGUCCAGGGAGUGCAUGCAUCAAUCCCACGCGGAUACGUGUCUUUUGACAAGCUGACCUGAACUUGGAUCAUUGUUGCAGCCAACAGACGGUGUCGGGCAAACAAUCAGGCGCCAGGAUUCGCCAUCUGAUCACCUUGCAGUUUCACACAUCUCAAUGCCGUGUCCUACAAGUUCUCUUGACAAAAUUGAGCAAACUCUCUACAGUGAGCGAAAGCGUAGCUAUGUAACUUGCAUCGGUCACAUCUAAAUCGAAGAGGGUGCGAUCAUUGCUUUUUCUGAUCGAGAGGGAAUUCCGAAGAAUAUUGAAUCUGAAAAAAAAACUUUGAAAAGAAGGAGAGAGAAUAUGUUUGCAUCUCGAGUAUCCUUGAGGUCUUGUCAACCUCUGCUGCAGAAUGGAUACCUUCCCAGGACGAUGAUGAUCAAGACGUCGACGUCGAGACGUAACGCUGCGGUUGAACAAUGUCUGCGUUCAUUGUCGACAUCAUCAUACCGACAUCGCUCUAAUUGGAGUAGAAAGACAGCAAUCAACAGAGAUGAGACGUCGAGACCGAGGUUUAGGGAACAUAGGAGAUCGUCAGAGGAUCCGGUGCUAAGUCCCGAAGAAGCCGUCGGGAUCGUCCUUCGGUCAUCUACCAUAGACGACUGCCAUGCAAUCUAUAAGAUGCUUCUCGCUCAUGCUGAAUGGGAAGGAUGUCUAGAUCUGGUCAAGAUAACGGAAGAAGAUAUACGAAGAGAUUUUUUCGGUGAGAGACCGAUAAGCUAUUGUGACCUCGCAGAAGUACACGGUGACAGCGGCCAGACAUCACUCAUUGGAUAUGGUCUUUAUUCCUUUCAUUUCUGUGCAUGGGAAGGAAAAACUGGUGCAGGAGAGAACAUUUUCAUUCACCAUCAGUAUCGAGAUCUCGGAAUCGGGUCCAUAUUGUUGCAUGAAAUUUCAAAGAAAAUGUACGCACUCGGCUGCCGCUCGAUCUCGGGCUAUUUUGACGAGAACGAGAUAGGAUUGAAACGCUGGUACAUCGCGGAGGGUUACGAAAAUCUCACGGAGAAGCACAACUUUCAUCUUUACUCGCAGUCUGGGGAGAAAUUGGAGAGAUAUAUACACCAACAUGAUAAACAGGAUGAGUACCUGGCCAAAGCGAAAUCACGUGGUAUUCAUAUCGAAUCAAGGAUACCAAAUAAAGACGGGAAGAUGAUUUUGUAGAUCAGAGACUAUUCAUCAGCGUUUUUAGAAUGAACUGUUCAAUCGUGCAGGAAAACAUAAUGUAACAGAAGUAAUACAGUAUUAUUGUUUAACUCAGUAUGGCAAUACAAAAUAUUGCCUAAUGCAAAAGAAUGCAACUUACGGAACCUUUUAUAAGUGUCAAACAGAUGACGAGUUAACAGGUUAAGAAGACGAGAAACCGUGUUAAAUGACGAGAAGACGAGUUAUUGGAACUCGACAAGUCAACUUAUUUGGGACAUGAAGGCAAGAUAACGAGUAGUAAAAACUUUGGAAAUCAGCUCAAGUUGUUUUGGAAUAUAAGACAAGAUGACGAGUUGUUGAAACUUGACAAGUCUACUUGUGUGUGACAAGAAGGCAGCAUGACAGGUUUUUGGAACUCGACAAGUCGACGUGUUCGACAAGAGGGCAAGCUGACCUGUUUAUAUAACAGGAAGACAAAAUUACGAGUUAUUGAAAAUUGGAGAGACGACCUGUUGGGAACAAGGUGAUAAGAUGACACU